CGCCACAUAGCGAUUAUGGCGGCGCUUGGCCGUGGCAGCGUCGUGCGUCAUCACGUCCGUGACGUCACGGCCCGGCCGGCGGCGCGCAGGCCCGGCGCCCCCUCCCGCCGCUCCGCCCCGCGGCCCGACUCCGCCAUGGCCGCCGCCUCCCCGUGCCCGAGGCUCAGGGCCGCCGCGCCGGGGAAGCUGAGGGCCAGGGCCGCGGCCUCGGCCGGCUGGGGGCCCGCCGCGCUGCUGCCGCUGCCGCUCCGGCUGCCGCUCCCGCUCCUCCUGGGGCUGCUCCUCGGCCUCCUGUUCGUCUCCCCGGCCUCCGGCAAUGGGAUUAAGGAAGAAAGAAACCAAACUGCAGAUGAUGCAACUAGUCCAGAUGAGCUUUCUUCUAAGGUCAGCGAGAAUGCAAAUGAAAAGACUGUGGACCCCAGUGCAAAUGAAAAAACCGUGGACCCCUCCCCUCCUAAUAAUACUGGUCUCCCUGCUCCCCUCAAGCCCUAUCCAACGAAGGAUGUCAGGACCACAUCUGCGGCACCUCCUUCGGUUACAACUAGUCCCGGGCUGGUAAGGGAUGCUGAGGCUACUGAGGAUGCCCGAAUUGAGGAGGAGGGUCUGCUCACGUUGAACAGUUCCCCUUCCACCUCCAAAGACUCUCUGGACAAUGGGGAAUACGGAGAGUCGGACUACGACUGGACGCCCGACACCAGAGACGGCCCCAACGGUCAUGAGCAAGGCAACGCAGGCUUCGCCGAGUUGGACGAAGUUGUUAAUUCCAGGGACAGUUACCCUGGUGGGAAAUCCUUUAAGGCUCCACCGUCAAGCUUAGAAGAGGAAGACAGUCAUUUUUUUUUCCAUCUGAUCAUCAUUGCUUUCUUGGUCGCGGUGGUGUACAUCACUUACCACAAUAAAAGAAAGAUCUUCCUCCUUGUUCAAAGCAGAAAAUGGCGUGAUGGUCUUUGCUCUAAAACAGUGGAAUAUCAUCGGCUAGAUCAAAAUGUUAACGAGGCAAUGCCUUCCCUGAAGAUUACCAAUGAUUAUAUUUUUUGAAAGCACUGUGAUCCAAGUUUGCGAGUUAUUUUCUUUGCCUGACUUUUUAUAUGCUAUUGUGCAAAAGUUUGCCAUUAAGCCAUUUGUUCUUCAAUGAAGGGUUGAUCUCUUUUGCCUUGAUAGUUGGGAGGUGAAAUAUUAUGUGACACAGGGGCAUGUAAUACUUUGUCAUCUAUAUUUUUGUUUUUGAUUUUGGGUAAUGCCGAAAGGUGCAGGUGCUAUUACCCUGUAGAUCAUUCAUUGUUUCAGGUGUACUGAUCUGGCUAUUUUUUCUGGAUAUGUCAGUGGAGCUGGUAAAUUACAGACCUCAUUAGGUCUAAAUCUCAACAAUUCCAGCAUCGUUGAGUCACAUUAAAUCUGCCAGCAGCCAUUUUUGCCAGUAGAGUCUCGUGGUUCGCUUUCCCUACCAUAGAUUUCUUGGGAUUGCCAAAUGUUGGAAAUAACAGAUAAAAACAUGCCAUUAAGUAGUGCUUCAGGGAAACGAUUCUAGAUACUUCGUGAUUAACUUCUGGAUAGUUUUGGAUCUGAUUUCUUCUCGGAGUGUCAAAUUUUGCUUUUCUGCCACUGUUUUCAAAGUUCAAAUAGACCUCAAUUUUAAGUUGUCAUGUUUCUUGUAAUCUUUGAGAUAAUAUAACAUUUCCAUUGCAGUUGGUUGACUUUGUUGUUGUAGAUAUAUCAUUUAUUUUUGAAUGACAAAUGUUAAGGUAGAAUUUCAUUUUUUAUAUAUGUAAGUUAUCUGCUAUCUCAAAACAUGUGCAUCCACACAUAGGUAUGUAAGCGUAGAGAUAGCAAAUCAUUUUAAUAUACUGGUUCCUCCAGACUUUUAAUUUUGGUGUAGCUUGAAUGUAGAAAGUGUUUGGAAAUGUAAGAACAUUUUGUUACUUUCCAAGGCAAGUUGACAUGGCCAAGUGAGAUGGUAAAGCUUCAGACCAUCACCAUUUAAGCAAUUCUGCAUCUUCCCAGUUCGGUCAUAUUAAAAUGAUACCUGAAUGAAGUAGUUUAUGCACUUAAAGCUUUUGGGGCUAUACUGGCCUAUUUUGUUUAUGUGUUGGGUCAGUUCUCUGUUUUCAGUAGUUGAAGAAUUUUCCUUCCAGCACAUCUUGAGGUGAUCAUCAGAACCGUUAGCAGAGAGGCAGAAGGGGUCAUUCUCCAUUCACUUUGAUUAAACCCUGAAGUAUAGUGCCACCUUAAGAUUUUUUUAAUAGUAUUUAGGCACUUACCAUGUGCCCGGCACUGUACUAAGUGCCGGGGUGAUCAGCUGAUCAGGUUGGACACAAUUCUUGUUCCACUUGGGGCUCACAGUCCUAAUCCCCAUUUUAGAGUUGAGGUAACUGAGGUGCAGAGAAGUGAAGUGACUUACUCAAGGUCACACAGCAGUCAAGUUGCAGAGCCAGGAUUAGAACCCAGGUCCUCUACCAAAACGAACUUUCGUGGGGUAUGGUGGGUGGGCAUCUGCCACUAGGUUUCCAAGCUCAGAGACCGACAAGCCAGUGUCUCGAUUCUGUCAAAUACUAGUCCAUGCCACAGCCAUAGGCAAGGGAAGCACAAAUGAAAAACAGCAGUCUGUUUCCUCUCAGAAUUUUUUUUUAAUCAUGUUUGAACUUGUAUCAUUUAAUAUUUUGAAUAAGGUUUUUAAAAAUAAACGGUAAAAAUGUCAA